AUGACAAAGAUAAUUCCUACAUUGCUGGUAUUGGUAGUGGUAGUGUAUGCUAUUUAUGCUGCCGAAGAGAUGAUUGCUUGCAACAAGAUGGCAUGCCCGGAAGUUUGUCCUUUUAAUUGCUGGCGCAAUGGUGGAAGAUUUUUCCAUGGAGAUGUGUCAUCGCCUACAUCCAAGCAUUGUUGUGAUGUCUGUCUAUACCAAGGUUUCGACGGAGCUUAUUGCAACUCCUCAGUCACUUUAGAGAACUUUGAUCCCAAUGCCAGAGGUUACUUAGCUGGUUGUUGGGAACAACAAUACGUCUGCAUCAUUAGACAAAACAAAUGUUCACCAUACCUCAAU